AUGUGUGCCACCGCCCAUCAGCACGGCCGGGCCUUUAAGAUUCGGCGUGGUCUUCGCGUGCUGCAAUUUGCUGCCUACACGUUUGACAUGGCCAACUCGGACAUCUUCUGCACCCUGUUCCACGGCGGCACCAUCUGCGUCCCUUCAGAGGACGAGCGGAUGAACGACCUUGCAGGCUUCGUGGCGCGGUUCCAGGUCGAGUCGGCCAAGAUCACCCCGUCCCUAGCCAGUCUGCUCGCCCCGACCGACAUGCCUAGCCUCAAGACCAUUAUACUAGGUGGUGAGGUUGCCUCCAAGGACCUUUUGACCCGCUGGGCGAAUCAUGCUGAGACAAUCAUCAGUUAUGGUCCUGCGGAGUGCGCCGUGACCUCGGCAAGUCAUGUUUACGUGAAGGGGACCGAUGCUGGUGUCAUCGGCAGAGGAUUCGGCACACGAUUGUGGAUCGUGGACCCCAAUAGCCGCCACGUCAUUUUGCCUAUUGGCUCCGUGGGUGAACUCCUGAUCGAAGGUCCGAAUGUUGGCCGGGGAUAUCUGGCCAAGCCUGAGAUGACGGAGCAGUUCUUUGUCGGUGCCCCCGACUGGUGCAGCGACAAGAACAAUAGCCAGGGCGAGCCUCGGCGAUUUUACAAGACUGGUGACUUGGUUCAGUAUGAUUCCGACGGCGUGGUGCGCUUCGUCGGCCGCAAGGACUCGCAGAUCAAGUUGCGCGGCCAACGUCUCGAACUCAGCGAGGUGCAGCACCAUCUCAAGGAGGCUUUCCCCAAGGCCUCAACAGUCCUCCCGGUUGUUAUCGCACCCCAUGUUCUGGGCGCUACCAAGAGUCUGGCAGCAUUCGUGCAAUUACGAGACGGUGCCGGCCUUGUUCAGACCCAGGAAGACAACAUUGUCGCAUUGGACCUCUUGGGAACGGAUGAAUGGCAAGCCAGCGUCAAGGCUGCACAUAAACUACUGUCGAAGGCUCUCCCCUCUUACAUGGUCCCGACGCAGUUCGUCCCGGUGUCGCAAAUGCCAAGAAACGCAUCUUGGAAGACUGACAUACGGCGCCUGCAAGAGUUGGCCGCAGACCUCCCUCUGGGCGUGUUGACUCUUCUGGGCCCUUCCCCUUCACUUCCGUCUACCGGCCAAGAGCCCCUGACGGAGAUGGAACUCAAACUACAAGAGCUUUGGGCCAUCCUCCUGGACCGUAAGCCUGGCCAACUAGGUCUCGACGACAGUUUCUUCUACAUUGGCGGCAGUUCACUUGAAGCCAUUCGCCUCGUCAGCCUCGCCCGCACUCGAGGUCUUGAUUUGACGGCUCAGCAGAUUUUUCAAAGUCCCAAAUUGAGAGAUCAAGCUCGUUCGCUAAAGCCUCGUUUGGAGAUUGCGCCAGAAGGCGAUACCAUCCCUCCACUGUCGCUGCUUAAGCCAGAGACGGAUCGCCGUACAGCGCUAGAGUAUGCUGCAAAGCUUGCUGAGGUCGAGCCGAGCCAGAUCGAAGAUAUCUUCCCGUGUACACCUCUGCAAGAGGGCCUGCUAGCCAUGACUGCUCAGCGUGAGGGAGAUUACGUUGCACGCAGCGUGUACCGCCUUCCCGCUUCGACUGAUCUAGCUCGCUUCAAGAGAGCGUGCGAAGAAGUAGUAGCCAAGACACCGACGUUGCGCACCCGAGUGGUGAGUCUCCCCGACGAUGGGCUGGUUCAGGUUGUUGUCAACGAAUGCUUCCAAUGGGGUCCCGAUCUGGACAUGGAUUCUAUCUCUUCUCUUGAGAGCCACAAACCCAGCCAGGCUCUCGGGUCAGGGCUGUCCUUCUUUGCUCUGGGUGAAAGCGCUCGUCAGGGAGCGACAUACUUCGUGUGGACAAUCCAUCACGCGCUCUAUGACGGUUGGUCUGCGCCACUCAUCUUGGACGCGAUCGAACAGGUGUACAACGACGGCCAGUCACCAGUCUUUGCCCCCUUCCAGAGCUUCGUCAAACACCUACUCCAGCAGGACAAUACAACCGCAGAGAAUUUCUGGCAAGCCCAAUUCGAUGGCGGCGACGGCGCGGUGUCCUUCCCUGCGCUACCCGACCCCUCGAAGGUGCCCCUUGCCGAUACCGUCGUGGACCGUCUCGUGAGCCUCGCCUGGCUUCGCAGCAGCACCACACCCGCAACGGCUGUUCGCACCGCCUGGGCGAUUCUGCAAUCUCAGAUCUCCGGAUCCAAGGACAUCGUCUUUGGUGCGACCUUGACGGGCCGGCAGGCCGAUGUCGCUGGCGUAGAGCGCAUGACGGCGCCUACCAUCGCCCCGGUCCCCGUACGAGUGAUGCUACACAAUGAUGAGAAUGUUGAGGAUAUGCUGCACGCGAUACAGAAGCAGAUGGUGGACAUGCUUCCGUUUGAGCAGUUCGGUAUUCAGAACAUCAAAAGAGUUUCCGGCGCUGCUCGGGAUGCUUGCCAAGCACAGACGCUCCUCUUGAUCCAACCUCUUGGCCAAAAUCUGUCGCUGAGGCAGAACCGGCUUAUGUCUCACGUCUCUGGCUUUGUACACGAGACCAAGUCGUAUGCCCUCACGCUGUACUGCUACCUCGAGGUCGAUGGCGUGCAUAUCUAUGCCGUCUUCGACUCGUCUGUGAUCAAGGAAGAGCGGGUCUCCAGAAUUCUGGGACAGUUUGAGCACAUCUUGAAGCAGUUGAGCGACGCAGAGAAUCUUGCCCUGAAAGUUUCUGAUCUUGAGGUAGCUUCUCCUCAAGAUAUGAAAGACAUGUGGCGCUGGAACGCUCAAGUCCCCCCAACCAUGGACCGCUGUGUGCACGACAUGAUAAUCGACCGCGUCCAUCAACAGCCCGAGGCAGAAGCUAUCCAUGCUUGGGACGGCGACCUUACAUACGCACAAUUAGACGCCCUAUCAUCAACGUUAGCUCGCCGUCUUAUCAAACUCGGAGUCGGCCCAAACAUGAUUGUGUCCCUCUGCUUCGAGAAGUCCAUGUGGACUCCCGUGGCUGUCAUGGGCGUCAUGAAGGCCGGAGGAUGUUCUGUCCUGCUGGACGGGGGACAACCAGAGCAGCGGUUGAAGACAAUUGUGCAGCAGGUCGUACCUAGCGUCAUGAUUGCCUCGGCUCUGCGCAGGGACGAGCCAUCGAGGCUCUGCACGUCCAACGGACUGAAGGUGAUAGUCUUGGAUCGACAGGCUCUGGACGAGCUCGAGGCUACUGACGUUGAAGUGCCUCUUCCCGUAGUGCCAACUUCUAGCUUGCUGUACCUCGUCUUUACUUCCGGCAGCACUGGACUGCCCAAGGGGGCCCAAGUUACUCAUUCCAACUACGCGAGUGCGCUGCACUAUCAGUGCGAAUUCUUCGGCUACCAGACCACCUCUCGCGUGUACGACUUUGCGUCCUACUCUUUCGAUGGCGCUUGGUUCAACAUGCUUCAUACACUCGAAGCCGGUGGGUGCGUCUGCAUUCCUCUGGACGAGGAUCGACGGAACGAUCUGUCUGCCUCGAUCAACCACAUGGGAGCCAACAUGCUCAACCUGAACGCCACGACCCACCGUCUCCUGAACCCGGCGUCACUUCCGGCCGUCAACAACCUCAUUUCCUUGGGCGAGCCGAUCCGCAAGGAAGAUGUCGAGAUCUGGACACCUGGGGUCAUCAAGCAAGCUUAUGGCCCCGCCGAGUGCACCCCCAUCUCGACGGCUCUGCGAGGGGAGACCGGUGACCAACCAAAUGUCGGCAUAGGCAGCGGACUGGGCUCCCUCACCUGGGUUGUAGACCCGGACACCGGCCGAUUGAUGCCACCAGGAAUCACGGGAGAGCUCUGGCUUGAGGGCCCCAUCGUCGGCGCCGGGUACCUGAAUGAAAAGGAAAAGACGGCAGCUGCUUUCGUCCAUGACCCAUCGUGGCUUGUAAGGGGAGGGGGCGGUGUUCCGGGCCGUCAGGGACGUCUUUACAGAACUGGCGAUCUUGUGCGACAACUCGAUGACGGACCUCUAGUAUUUGUCGGGCGCAAAGACACACAGGUCAAGAUCCGUGGCCAGAGAGUCGAGCUGGAAGACAUUGAGCACCACCUCCACCGCGUCAUGGCCAGCCGGUACGAAACCGUCACCUUGGUUGCCGAGGUCAUCAAGCCGGAAGGCCAGGAGCCCAUCCUCGUGGCCUACGUUGCCCUCUCAUCUCCCGGCGAGGCGUCCUUGGAUGAUGUCCUCGCCUCCCUGGUGGUUGGGGAGCCUAGCAAGGAGCUGGCCAGCGCGCUUCCCGCACACCUCGUGCCUACGGCUUACAUUCCACUCAAGCAAAUCCCACUCACGAUGACAGGCAAGACAGACCGCAAGCGCCUGCGCGAGAUGGGAGCCGCGAUGACGCGGGAUCAGCUGGUCGCUCUACACGAGACUCACUCGGGUAUCACCUCAAGGAAACCGUCCACUCCCGAGGAGAUGCAACUCAGGGAACUCUGGGCGCGGGUGCUUAACCAGACUGAGAUAUCAAAGAUCAGCGCGGAGAGCAACUUCUUUGUCAUCGGCGGGGACUCCAUCCAGGCCAUGCGCAUAGUAGCCCUAGCCCACGAGCACGACAUGCGCUUGACUGUGGCUGACAUCUUCCAGAGUCCGCGCCUCAGCGACAUGGCGAAGCGGGUCAAGAUGGUGCAGAAGAAACAAUCGGCGUACUCGGAGCCACGGCCGUUCACCCUGCUCUCUGAUGAUGACCUGGCAGGGCAAGAACUCGGUGCUUUCAUUAGAGAGACGAUUGCGCCGGCCGUCGAAUUCCCGCUCGAAGAUAUCCAGGAUGUCAUGCCAACGACGGCCACCCAGGCCAUGUGCGCCGACGCGGCCAUGUACAAUCCGGCACAGGGGUGCUUCAUGGUCCACGUAGACGUACCCGAGCGCGUCUCUCUCGACACGAUAGAGGAGUGUUGCCAAAAGGUCUGGGACCACCUCAGCAUCCUAGCCGCCGUGUUCGUGACGCCUGGCGAGAGGAUGUUACAGGUGAUCCCACGAAAUUCGGCGGCGCCGGUGGAACGACACCAGAUUGGCGACCACCAAGACAUGGAUGGCUUCGCCACGGAAGUCUUCCACGCCGCCCUCCAGCCUGCCAUGGUUCCGGGAUCUCUUUACACGCGGUUCUACGUUCUUCACGGUGUGGGUCAGUCCACGCGCUGGGGCCUCCGGCUUUCCCACGCCCAUUUCGACCGCACCAGCUUGACACCCAUCCUCGACUGCUUCGCGGCCAGCCUUCAGGGCAAGGCUCUGGCACCCAUGGCGCGCUUCUCGGGCUUCAUUGAGUGCGUAUGCGAGGCGGAGGAUAGGAUGCUAGCUCACUGGCGCGAGGUGCUUUGUGGUUCGAAGCCUCUCGCGCUGACCCCUACGGGGCAGCCCGCUGAGAUUGUGUCUAUCAAGCGCGCCAUCCAGGCGCCGCCCGCAUUCGAUGGUUUCACAGCGGCGAAUCUUUACGUCGCGGCGUGUGUGCAGGCGCUCGCUCAGCUGCGCGAUACUGAUGACGUGGUGACGACCAUGACAGUGUCGGGUCGUUCCACACUUCCGCCCGCGCUAGCCAACGUCGUCGGCCCAACUGUUAACAUGGUGCCUCUGCGCGUGCGACUCGAUGCUCAAAAGACAUUUGAAGGCACGCUCCAGGCAACGCGGCAGGCGCAGCUCGAUGUGCUCGGUUUCGAGACGAGCACUGUCGCGCCGCUGUUCGAGGCCUGCACACCCGCAGCGUCGUGGCAGCCCGAUGAACGUCGGUCAACGUACAUCCUACAAUUUCAGAACCCGGAGCCGUUCACGGUGGAUCUUAUGGGCGAUGGCGAGUGCUGUCAGGAGCUCGGCUGGUUCGGACCGGACAAGGUGUGGGAUCACUCGGAGGAGGUGUGGCUCAUCGCAAGGCCGGACCCAGAGACCGAGACAUGGAACCUAUGGUACAGCGCCAACACGGUCAACUUUAGUCUAGAAAGGCUGGAGGAACUUGUCCGGGAGCUGGAGGUGGUCGUUCAAAGGGUAAUAAAAGACGCGGCGAAAUGA